UGUCUUUCCUCUGGUCAAGGUUGCUCUUGCAGUUCCAGCAGCAGCAGCAGCAGGCGGGACGCUCCGUUAACGCACAAACACAGAGCAGCCCGAUUAGCUCUGCUGUAACUUCUCCACGGAGGAACCUCUCACCUCGCAGCAGCAGCAGCCAUGGAUGAAAUGGAGGAAGAGUUAAAAUGCCCCGUCUGCGGCUCCUUCUACCGGGAGCCCAUCAUCCUGCCGUGCUCCCACAACAUUUGCUUGGCUUGUGCUCGGAAUAUUCUCGUGCAGACCCCCGACGCCGAGUCCCCGCAGAGCAGCCGAGCCUCCGGAUCCGGCGUGUCCGACUAUGACUACCUGGAUUUGGAUAAAAUGAGUUUGUACAGCGAGGCGGACAGUGGCUACGGGUCCUACGGAGGUUUCGUGAGCGCUCCGACCACCCCUUGCCAAAAAUCGCCAAACGGUGUCCGGGUUUUCCCCCCGACUGUCCCUCAGCCUCAAGCCCCGCAGCAGCACCUUCUCCCUCAGCCCGGCUCCUUACCUCCGAUCCCCCGCAACUCCUGCAUCACCUGCCCGCAGUGCCACCGCAGCCUGAUCCUGGACGACCGGGGGCUCCGCGGCUUCCCCAAGAACCGGGUGCUGGAGGGGGUGGUGGACCGGUACCAGCAGAGCAAAGCGGCCGCGCUCAAGUGUCAGCUGUGCGAGAAGAGCCCGAAGGAGGCCACGGUUAUGUGCGAGCAGUGCGACGUCUUCUAUUGCGACCCGUGCCGCCUGCGCUGCCACCCUCCCCGCGGUCCCCUCGCCAAGCAUCGCCUGGUGCCGCCGGCGCAGGGGCGGAUAAGCCGCCGCACCAGUCCGCGUAAAAUCUCCACUUGCACGGAGCACGAACUGGAGAACCUCAGCAUGUACUGUGUUCAAUGUAAGAUGCCUGUGUGCUAUCAGUGUUUGGAGGAAGGAAAACACGGAACACACGAGGUCAAAGCUUUGGGCGCAAUGUGGAAACUGCACAAGGGUCAGCUGUCUCAGGCUCUGAACGGCCUUUCAGAUCGAGCCACCGAGGCCAAAGAGUUCCUGGUUCAGCUCAGAAACAUGGUGCAGCACAUCCAGGAGAACGGCGUGGAGUUUGAGGCCUGUUUGGUGGCUCAGUGCGACGCCCUCAUCGACGCCUUGAACCGACGUAAAGCCCAGCUGCUGGCUCGAGUCAACAAAGAGCACGAACACAAGCUGAAGGUGGUUCGGGAUCAGAUCUCCCACUGUACGGUGAAGCUGCGUCAGACCACCGGACUGAUGGAGUACUGUCUGGAGGUCAUCAAGGAAAAUGACCCCAGUGGUUUCCUGCAGAUCUCCGAUGCUUUGAUCCGGAGGGUCCACAUGACAGAGAGCCAGUGGGGUAAGGGAACUCUCACCCCGAGGAUGACCAGCGAUUUUGACCUCACUCUGGACAGUGGACCUCUUCUGCAGACCAUCCACCAGCUGGACUUUGUACAGAUGAAAGUCCCAGCUGCUCCGAUGCUCCAGCUGGAGGAAUGCUGCACUCAGAACAACAGCGCCACGUUGUCAUGGAAACAGCCGCCGCUCUCCACCAUCGCCGUGGACGGAUACAUCCUGGAGCUGGACGAUGGAAACGGAGGUCCAUUCAGGGAAGUGUACGUGGGGACGGAGACCAUCUGCACGGUGGACGGACUCCACUUCCACAGCACGUACAAGUCCAGAGUGAAGGCCUUUAACGCCAGCGGAGUGGGCCAGUACAGCAAGACUCUGAUCAUGCAGACCUCUGAGACUGGACUGCCCCCAUGUGAUAUUCAGUCUAUAGGCACAGUUGCCUGGUUCACCUUCGACCCGGUCUCCGCUCACCCCGACAUCAUCUUCUCCAACGACAACCUGACAGUGACCUGCAACAGCUACGACGACCGGGUGGUCAUGGGGAACUCCGCCUUCUCCAGAGGCGUCCAUUACUGGGAGAUGACCAUCGAUCGCUAUGACAACCACCCUGACCCAGCGUUUGGCAUCGCCCGGGCCGACGUGCUGAAGGACGUGAUGCUGGGGAAGGACGACAAGGCCUGGGCCAUGUACGUGGACAACAACCGCUCCUGGUUCAUGCACAACAACUCACACACCAACAGGACGGAUGGAGGCAUUGCUAAGGGAGCCACGAUCGGAGUUCUGUUGGACUUCACUCGUGGGCUCCUCAUCUUCCUGAUCAACGAUGAGCAGCAGGGUCCGGUGGCGUUUGAAGGUUUGGAGGGAUCGUACUACCCCGCCAUCAGUCUCAACCGAAACGUCCAGGUGACGCUGCACACUGGUCUACCCAUCCCUGACUUCUACACCCCCGGGGAGGCAGAUCCCAAUGGCUCCGUGUGCUAAAGACUCACCUGCUCUGGGAAAACCUCUCCAGGAUUUCCCCAGAGUUCAUCCUGCCAGUCAAUAACUCUGAUCCCGCCGACUGACCCCUCCAUGCCCCCUUCCAGCGCUGAGCCAUGCCUUUAUCAAGCCUAAACCUUGAACACGAGGACCACCUGCAGGACACUGUUCAACUCGGACGGUGCUUUGCCAUCUGUACCUUAUAUUUUGAUGGGAUUUAGUCAGUGGAAGACAUGGAAAUGAUGCUGAAUUUGCAGCUGAAGGACAUAAUAUGAGCUUCAAGGAAUGAUUUGACAUUUUAGAAACUACACUCUACUCUAAUGUCCAUAUAUUCAAUAUCGAAAUCAUAAAACAGAGACUGAAGACUGGAAACAAUGGAGGAAAAAAAGGUGCAAAUUUAACCUCUGAAGCAUAAAAAUGACAAUUAUGAGCACAAAAAGAAUGUGAACAAACAGGAUUAAUAUUUUGUGAGCUUUAGAGGAGCGUUUGUGUGGAUUUUGUUUCCUUUGGAGAAGCUUCCUCUUGUUUCCAGUCUUGUCUUUCCACAAGAAAGCAAGUAUUUCCUCUCAAAAUGUCAAAUUUCUCCUUCAAAAUAAAAGCUUUGUAAAAGAGUUGAGCAGAAAAAGGAGCCCCCAUUACUCCAUCCUCAAACAGUUUCAGUAUCUUAUUGUACAAACAGAACUUUUUUCAGAAUCGUCUUUUUAAGAGGGAACAUUAGGAGGUGGUCUUUGUUCCGUUUACGUGAAUGUGAGCGAAGGUGGGUUCUGGAGCAAUAGUCCGACUCUCAGCCGCGUCACUGUCAUAACCUUCGUCCGUGUAAAUGAGACGCUUUUCUUAGUGGCUUCGCUCGUGUGAACCUUCUGUAUCGUCCGUAAUUUUAAAAAAUAAAAAUACAGCAAAUGCGACUGGAAGCCUUGGUGCAGCCUUUCUCUGCAGAGCAGCUCUCAGAACAGAAGGGAAGCAGUUUUUUUUUUGGUUUAUUGUAUCAUACAGAAAAGUGGGUUGGGUUAAAGGUGAUGACUGUGAAGAUGUUUGAAUAUAAGGUGCUAUAGCAGCUCGCUUAGUUUCUGGCUUUUUUUUUUUACUGUAGGUGACUGAAUACUGGUAGUUUUGUAAUAUUGUUAUUGAAAUGAUCUAUUGCAAAGAGGUGUAUAGCGAAGUAAGUUAUUGAUGUUCAGAGGUUUUUUUUUGUUUUUUUCCAACAAAAAUUCAUCCUUGUUCCUUUUAUUAUGAUGUAUAGAGAAAGAAAGAAAGAUUUUGUUGCUUUAAAAACAGUUUAUAAUCCGAUCUGAAGAGGCUUUUUUGGUUUUAUUUCGUACAAAAGCAAACAGGAGAUGGAAGAGAGACACUUCUGGGGCAUCACAUUUGGGCAACAGCUUCUUACAAAAGCAGGAACGUGAAAAUUUCUUUUGUAAAAGCAAUGUUGACAUGAGUACUUAGCAGGUUUAAUGUUUACUAUGUAUUUUUAGCUUGAAAGUAACACAAAGCACAGCUGGGGAUGUUGUUAGUUUUGCAGAUAUUUGGUUAAAAAAGUGGCAUUAUAGUGGUGCUAGCUGUAAAGUUAAGUCAGUUUAUUAGACACUGAUCUAAAUUAAUACAGCAGCAUAAUACAACAACCUAUGGCUACUAAUCUACAGGUUGGAGCCUCCAAGGUCCAAUUAAGUCCCGCAAAUGCACCUCCUACAUCUUAAUUUGUAGUAAUUUAAUUAAACACGACUGUAUUUGGGACUGAUAAUUCUGAACAUGCAGUUCUUUGUUUUUGUUUAAAUGCUGCCUCUCUCUCCCUUAUUCACAUAAAUAGGAACCUGGUGUUGUUAGCCUGAGAAUAAACAUAUCCAAGAUGGCUGCCGAGUUAUGGGACUUGCUUACUAGGCCUUUAAUUACACCUGCUUAUAUUAAUUUCAGGAAAUCACCUCCAAAUAUAACAUGAAUUACAGCCUACAAAGCAACCAAAAAGUUCAAUCAAAGCCUCUCUACAAUACUUUAAACAAAAACUGAGCAUCAUAACACUUCAACAUAAUGUUGGACUGCAUCACUUUUAGCUCAGUGUUCCUAAUAAAGUAGUAGCUGAGUGUAGUUGGUCCUGAGAGGUCGACCAUCUGACUGACUGUCACUGCCAUCUAUGCUUUAAAAUAAUAUCUCCUGACAUGUUGGAAGGUUAAUUUCAGGAAGCUGUUGCCUGUAAAAGUUGCCCUAAAAGUUUCCCAGAGCAUCGUAGCCCUGAGACUUACAGCCUACAUGUCUAGCAUUCACAUUAAGGUGCUAUCCUAUGUUUGAGCUUCAUGGGUUGUGCCUUUUCCCCCUCUUCAGUACCUAAAAAACAUUUAUAAAACUUUGCUACCAACUAGUGGAUUCAUUGCUUCAGCAGAGUCAACUGUAACAUCUGUGAUGCCUGACUUCACCUGCUGCUACGUGUUUUUUCUAUCGUAAAAGGGCAAAAUUCAACAUCAACCACAUUUGCUUUGGAUAUAUUAACCACAGUAUUAAAGGGAAUAUCAGGUCUCGUAUCGCUUCUUGUUCCCUCCUCCUUCCCCUCUGGGAUUACAGUGAUUGUAAAUCUUAGAACUCUACUAAAAUGGCUUCUAUUCUCCUGUAUGUGCAUGUGGACUGACGGUGAAAUAGUAAAUUCGCCAUCGCUGCGAGGUUUGAUUUAGGCAACAUCUAACUGACUGUUUUUCAAGGUGAGCCUUUUGUAGGGCCAUAAUUGUAAUGGUGAAGAAGAGCCCAUUCAGCAGUGGGUCGCUGAGCAGAUUCUUCACCAACAGACAAGUACGGCCGUUAUCAGAGCGCUACACAACCUCAGAGUCCAGGAUUAAUGACCUCCGUGGCUUGAAUUCAAAGGGGUUUUCAAUAUAACUCACACUUCUGUUCAUUUUCAACAUAAUUACAAGAUAUUCUAUGUAAAUUUGUGAACUUUACUGAUUGAAAAAUGACCCGAGUGUGUGUUUGUGAAGCGAACACAAGGGGGCGCUUGACAUUCAAAGGUGUUUGAUUGUAACAUUUAUUAUUUCUAAACAAGCCAAAUACACUUUAAAGAUGUUCAAAUAGACCCGAGGAAGAUUUAAAACUAAACUUUUCAGAAUUAUUAAUAACUUACACACAAGUAGUCGCUGGGCGAUACUGAGUGUUAAAUCUCCAAAUGUACAUAUAUGUGUGUGUGUGUGUGUGUGUGUGUGUGUGUGUGUGUGUGUGUGUGUGUGUGUGUGUGUGUGUGUGUGUGUGUGUGUGUGUGUGUGUGUGUGUGUGUGUGUGUGUGUGACCUGCAUUAUAACCUCAUUUUAACAAAGUGAUUUUUUUUUGCCCUGUUUGAUCCGAUGUGGAAUGUCAUCAAUAUUAUUUACAUUCAACCUAAAAUAUCUCUAUGGAGAGUUUUAUGAAUAUAAGAUGAACAUUGUUAUUCCUAUAAUUUUAACACAGUAUGAUUACUAUGAUUGUUAUAAUUAUAUGUCUAUCAUUACCAUAUUACUGCUAUUAUUACCAUGAUUUGAAAUAUAAUAUGAGCCUCUGUGUUUUCUGUAUGUGUGAAUAUUCAAUAAAUAGGUGUCAACAAAG